GAGACUUUAUGUUGUAAAUAAGAGAUCUCAUAAAAAAUGCACUGCGAGCAAGACACGGAGACGCCCACACUACGAGUGUGUAGAAACUAGAAAGUAGAAUUCUAUGAAUCGGUCAUUGCAGUACUUGCUAUUUACACUUCCCAAACCUCAGGUGCAAUUUUUGUCGCUCUCGCAGACCCUUUUUGGAGCUCGUGGACGCUCCAGUUCUCGAGUGACUGAGGUACUUCAUGAUCGCGUGGGAGUGUCGUCUAAUAGGAACUUGGUUAAUGGAUUUCGAACUUUUUGUACUGGCACAGAUUUAUCGAUCAAGAAGUGUGUGCCAUGCAACUCGAAGGAUUUGCGACCCAUGACUGAAGAAAUUGCAAAUGAGCUAAUUCCAAAGGUUGCUGGGUGGAAUCUGGUGAAUGAAGAUGGGACAUUAAAGCUGCAGCGGUCAUGGAAAGUGAAAAGCUUUACUAAAGGGCUGGAGUUAUUUAAGCUCGUGGGAGAUGUAGCUGAAGCGGAAGGUCAUCAUCCAGAUCUUCAUCUUGUUGGAUGGAACAAUGUGAAAAUUGAGAUAUGUACACAUGCUGCGGGCGGACUGACAGAAAAUGACUUCAUACUUGCUGCUAAGAUCAAUGGUCUUGACCUGCACCCUCUUUUGAGGAAGAAGGCUACUUCUUGAUGGGUCCGUUAAUUUUGUCAGCUAAAUGUUGGAUAGUAGAACUCCAUCUGCACUGAAGAAAAGGUGUGUCUAUAUUGAUUCUUCAAAACAUGGUAUGUUCAAGGAGCAUCUGGUUUUUCCUUUCUCCCGUGACAGAUGACUGUGCACCCCUGGUAUCAUUGGCCGUUGUGGGAACAAGCCGAUGUUUGUUUUUGUUUGUACUGAUGUGAGGAUGAAGUUUGGAAGUUAAUUUGCAGGAUCCUGUUAGGAUUUGUGACUUGUAAUUCUGAGACAUUUUCCAAGAAUCUUUGUCUAAAUCAACUAAAAAUGGAACCA